AUGGGUUGUGAUGGAGGUACAAUUCCACGUCGUGAUGAACUUGUUCGUUUGAAGAAAAAACCAGAACAGAAAGAUAAAGAUGCAGAACGAUCUUUCAAGUGGCGCAAUUGCGCGUUAACACAACAACCGUUGCAAGAGCCCGUAGCUGCGUGUGGAUUAGGCAGAUUGUAUAGCAAAAGUUCCGUACUUGAAGCGUUACUCGAUAAGGAAACGAAGCCUGAGUCCAUCAAUCAUAUCAAAAACCUCAAGGACCUAAAAGAUCUUAAACUAGCCAACAAUCCUGCAUACAAGGCUAAAGAUCACUCCGAGGGUACCGUGGGAGAAGGUAGUGCUCCCUACAUCUGCCCCAUUAGUGGGCUGGAGAUGUCUGGCAAGUUCCGCUUCGUAUUCCUGUGGAGCUGCGGAUGUGUUCUGGCUGAAAGGGCACUGAAGGAAGUUAAACAGAAUCUCUGUCAUAUGUGCCAGCAGCCAUUCACGGAUGAUGACAUAGUUAUCCUUAAUGGAACAGAUGAAGACAUUGAGAAAAUGAAGGAGAAAAUGGAUAUCCGGGUAGCUAGCAGAAAAAGCACUAAGAAGUCCAAAACAGACAAGGUUUUCAUUAAAGCAGAGCCAGCGACACCUUCAACUUCUACAUCCACUGAGGUUGUCACAGAAGCAGAGGUUAAAAAUGAGAAUGAAGUUAAGGAGGAACCAAAGGCAGGACCCAGUAAUGCAGUAAAAAAGGAAAUUGAAACAAUUCCACUGUCUUUACCAAAAUAUAAUCCAAAUAAGCAAGCUAGAGGACAUUUUGGAUCAUCAAAGCGUGUACAUCCCACAGAAUUAGCUCAGGACCCUUCAUAUAAAAAGACAAAGAAGGAGUACAGUGUUGCUAAGGACCCACAGGCAAGUGAAGUAUACAAAUCACUCUUCACGUCACACAAAAGUGAUAAGAGCCAACAGAGGGCCCACUGGGUCACAUAUAAUCCAUUUUAUAAUUAA